UGUCAAUCGAUAAUAUUGAAUGCUACAUUGAAAUGAUAAGAAUCUUUGCGAAUACAUAUUCAACUACGACUGUUACGUCUAUAUUCUAUGUUAUUUAUGGUAUAUUGUGACCAAAUUCAUAUUAUCAGAUAUUAUUCUAUAUAAUGUAUGGUUUUCAUGUUUUGGUCAAAGUUUAGGAGCAAAGAGGUUAAAGUUUCUUCACUGUAUUACGCGUAUCUCUAUAGAAUGUACGGUUUGUAACGUAAUACAUAAGUUACCAUUUUAAUUCUGUGUGUUUUAAAUUUUAACACCCCUUAUUGAAAGCUCCUGAUUUUUUCAUAAUUAUAUACAAAUAUUUGAAAUCAUGAGAGAAGAAACAUUAAAAGGUUGGCAUCUUAUAUGGUGGUUAUUUACGUUAUUUGGAUUUCCAAUUACUAUCCCAUGGUUGAUAUAUCAUUUCUUUGAUGUAAUGCAACGAAAAAGAAGAAAAAGUAUGUUAAGUGGGAAGGUUGUGAUAAUAACUGGAGCUAGUUCUGGAUUAGGAGAGGCAUUAGCACAUGUUUUCUAUGACUGUGGCUGUAAACUUAUUUUAAUUUCUAGAAGAAAGGAGGAAUUGCAAAGAGUGAAAAAUGACUUAAUGAAUAUUCAUGUUACAAUACCAACUCAUCCUCCAGUAAUUGUACCAUUAGAUCUAACUAAUAUCAAUUCUCUACAAACUGAAGUUUCAAAAAUGAUAGAUAUCCAUGGAAAGAUUGAUAUUUUGAUUAAUAAUGCUGGCAUUUCUUAUAGAGGUGAAGUUGUUAAUACAAAUAUGGAUGUAGAUAUAAAAGUAAUGCUUACAAAUUACUUUGCUCAAAUUGCUUUGACAAAAGCUGUCCUCCCAUAUAUGAUUCAGCAGAAGUCAGGUCACAUAAUAUGUGUUAGUAGCAUACAAGGAAAAAUUUCAAUACCAUACAGGUCUGCAUAUGCAGCUUCUAAAUAUGCAUUACAAGCCUGGUGCGAUUGUUGUAGAGCAGAAAUGUAUGACCAAAAUAUAAAAGUUACAACUGUUAGUCCUGGUUAUGUAAGAACCUCUCUUUCACAGAAUGCAUUGACAGGAAAUGGACAAAUUUAUGGAGUAAUGGAUAAAAACACACAAGAGGGAUAUUCUCCAGAAUAUGUAGCAGAUCGUAUUUUAAAAGCAGUAUUGAAAGAAGAGAAAGAUGUAUUUAUUGCACCAUUUAUUCCAAAAUGUGCAGUAUAUUUACGCACUUUAUGUCCAUCAUUGUAUUUCUGGAUAAUGCAAAAACGAGCUAAAAAGACAAAAGAAUCAUAAUACUUAACAUAUGGUUAUAAUAAAGGGGCAAUUAUUUGCUUCAUGUUAUUUAUAAAAACAUUCAGUUUCUACCUUUAUAUUUAUACUAUCUUUUAUUAUUAUGUUAUAACUAAAAUGAAAUAUACGUUAUAACAAAUUUAAUUUUAUGUCAAGUUGAUGACAAUCUUGAAAAGAGAAUAAUCUUAUGAAAUGCAUUGGACAAAAUUAUAUCCAAAUUAUAUUUUAUUAUAAUGCCAGUCAUUGGUGGAAUAUGUUUACAUUAUAUACAUUAUAUUAAUACUACAAACGUGUUAAUGCAAUUUAGACUGAAGCACAUUAAAAUAUAUGUCAUCUAAAACUUGAAAAGUCGUGGAAUAUAUAAAGAUAACUAAUUACAGAAAUUAUGUUUUAUAAAUAUAAUAAAAACUGUAAAAUAUAGACAUAUACAGAAAGUAAAGAUACUUGCAUAAAUUUCACGUAGAAAAAUAAAUGCUUGAAAAUGCAGAGAAA